AUGCUCCUGGCGCGAACUCUGCUCUCCAAACAACGCCAAUACCUCAAUAUUUUCAGCAUGUCUCGUCACCUAUCCAUCGACGCGUCACCACCGCCAUAUAAUGGCCCUUGGGACCGUUUGGACAAAGAGGCAUUUAGGAAGAGCCUCACAGUCCUCGGCGCACGCGUUCCACCUGAGAAGACGGGCGCCUUUCUCAAGACUCUUGCACUAAAAGACUGCAUUAUGGACCUCCCGAAAAUUCGUACUGUCGUCUCUGAUUCUUCCGUGCCUGAUGGUGAACGAUUGGUCCUCCUAAGAGUGUCAAAUCAGGCCGAUAUUCCGCCCGAGGCUCGACAAUUUCUGGACAGAGAGGCGAAGGGCUUUGUCGACCACAAGAUUGAAUUGGAUUAUAAUUACUGGACCGCUGACGAAUGCCUACAUGCAUUUCUCCCGGAAGAACUUCGAGAUGGCGCUCCGAAUGGGUUUGCAAUGACAGGACAUAUCGCCCAUGUCAAUCUCCUCGACGAAUAUCUCCCAUACAAGCAUAUUAUUGGUCAGCUCAUCAUGGAUAAAAACAAAAGGGUCAAGACUGUUGUAAACAAGUUGAACACUAUCGAUAAUCAAUUCCGCUUCUUCAAGAUGGAGCUAAUUGCCGGAGAACCUGAUUUUGUUGUCGAACAUCACGAGGCAGAUUGCCGAUUCACGUUCGAUUUUACCCAAGUCUACUGGAAUUCUCGAUUGCACACCGAACAUGAACGGCUUGUCGAGAUGUUUAAACCAGAAGAACUUGUUGCCGAUGUUUUUGCUGGAGUAGGGCCUUUUGCAGUACCCGCAGCGAAGAAAGGUUGUGCAGUUCUUGCCAAUGACCUAAAUCCGAAUAGCGCGAAAUAUCUGCGCAAAAAUAUCGAUGACAACAGGGUGACCGAACUUGUGCGUGUUUCGUGUGAAGACGGUCGCGAUUUCAUCCGAGCGAGUGUGUCUCGCGUGUUUGACGAGCCGUUCCUUGCGUACACGGGCCCGAAGCCGAGCAGGAUGCAGGAGGAAAGGGAACGGAAACGACUUCAAAAGCUCGCUGCUGAGGGCAAGCCUGUUCCUGUGUCCGAUCCUGUCGAAAAUGGGAAACCUCCUCGAAGAGCCAUUGCACAUUUCGUCAUGAACCUGCCGGACUCAGCAAUUACGUUCCUAGACGCGUUCCGAGGUAUAUUAGCCGACGACUCGCGGAAUUUGAGCGGGGAAUAUGAGCAGAUGCCUAUGGUGCAUUGCCAUUGCUUCACUCGAGAGCUAGACAUAGCCAGAGCAGAGGAAGAUAUUCGGCAGCGAGUCGAGGAGAAGCUCGGGCAUCCGUUGGGCAACGAGAUAAGCCUACACCUAGUUCGUUCCGUCGCGCCGAGCAAGGAGAUGUACUGUAUUAGUUUUCGGCUUCCCCGUGAGGUGGCCUUUGCGCGAUGA